AUUAAUGGCUAUUGCAUAGACUGUUGAGCACCGUAUAAUAGUUUGCACAAAAUAGAAGAAGCUAUUUUGCAUAAUACAUUCCAUCCCUAAUCUGGCAACCAGUGUAAUCGACCCUACAAGUGAUAGCACGCGCUGUCGUGUCACGUGAUGAGGAUCACAAGAUUCAGCGUGACAGCAAGCGCAAAACAAUCAAGUGUUGAGUGAGUUAAAUACGACAUUCAGUCCACCUCAAGUCAGGAGUGAGCGCUGUACUGGAGCUGUAUGGUCGUUGACAGACUUAUUUUCUAAUCAUGAAACUGUUUAACUUCUUACUGAAAGAUGUCACGCACAAAAUCGAAUAUUAUUCAAGGUUCUCGCCCUCACCGAUGUCAAUCAAGCAAUUUCUGGAUUUUGGCAGGGACAAUGCAUGUGAAAAAACCUCCUACAUGUUUCUGAGGAAAGAACUAGCAGUGAGGUUGGCCAACACGAUGAGGGAAGUCUCCUUGUUACCCGUGAGUCUUCAGAGCCAGCCAUCCAUCAAACUGCUUGAGUCCUGGUACAGCCAGAGCUUUAAAGAGCUGUUAGAGUAUGAGAAAAUAAGUCCGGAGGAUCCCUGCACCCUUAAGGACUUCCUAGAGAUCCUGAUUAAGAUUCAGAAAAGGCACAGCGACGUGGUGCCCACAAUGGCCCAGGGUGUCAUCGAAUACAUAGAGAAGUUUGGUUUUGACCCCUUCAUCAGCAGCAAUGUGCAGUACUUUCUUGACCGCUUCUACACCAACCGCAUUUCUUUCCGCAUGCUCAUCAACCAGCACACUCUUCUGUUUGGUGACACCGCUUGUCUUGCACAACCAAAACACAUCGGAAGCAUCGACCCAGCGUGCAAUGUCGCUGAGGUGGUGAGAGAUGCAUAUGAGAGCGCAAAGAUGGUCUGUGAUAAGUACUACAUGACAGCUCCUGAACUGAAGAUCUGGGAAAUCAACUGCAAAGCUCCAAAGAAGCCUAUACAGGUGGUCUAUGUGCCCUCUCAUCUUUUCCACAUGCUGUUUGAGCUCUUCAAGAACUCCAUGCGGGCAACAGUGGAGCUCUAUGAAAACAGCAGUGAGGGGCUUCCUCCAGUGAAAGCACUGGUUACUCUGGGAAAAGAGGAUCUCUCAAUAAAGAUUAGUGACAAAGGUGGCGGUGUCCCCUUACGAAUGAUCGAUCGUCUCUUCAAUUACACGUAUUCCACUGCUCCAACACCACAUCUUGAUCCUUCACACAUUACUGUGCCACUGGCUGGUUUUGGCUACGGACUGCCAAUCUGUAGACUCUAUGCACGCUACUUUCAGGGAGAAUUGAGCCUGUACUCGAUUGAAGGGUUUGGGACGGAUGCAGUAAUUCAUCUUAAGGCUCUUUCUAGUGAGUCUAUUGAGCGUCUUCCAGUCUUCAAUAGGUCAGCAUGGCGACAUUAUCAGACAGGUCCCGAGGCUGAUGACUGGAGUAACCCGAGAAGCGACCCACGAGAUGCAUCCACGUAUAAAGCCAACAGAUGACUUAACUAUACCUAAUAUAGUAAUAGUGAUAAACAGCCACCACGCAUUUACAGAAAUGUAUUCUAGGCCUUUAUUGGGCUUGCUUACUAAAUUAUAGUUUUACAUUAGUGAGAGUGUGGAGGAUGUUGGAAUAAUGUUAUAUGGAGUAACAUUAGUAAACUAGGAUGUUAGUAGUGUAUGAUGUACCAUGUGGCAUUUUUUUGAAUUUGCUUUUGUAUGGUAUAAUUUUUUGGGGAGAAAUGCCUAUAACUUUUUAACUUUUUGGGUCAGUGAGACUUUUGUUUAUUUUAUUUAUUUAUUUAAAAAGGACACAUUUAGUUGGUCAAAAUUAUCAUUAAAGACACUGAUAAUGUUAGAAAAUGUUUUGGGAACACUUUCUAUAAAGCCUGUAUCUAUAAUACAUUAUAAGGGUAUUCUUAAAGCAUUAUAACGAAUACAUAUAAUAUGUUGUAUCAUCUCAUUAAAGACCAUAAUAAUAAUAAUAAUAAUAAUAAUUUUGCUCUCAAACAGCCUGUAGUGUUAAAGUGUUCCUGUAGCUCAAUUGGUAGAUCACUGCGAUAUCAAGCGCAAGGUCAUACGAUCAUAUAACAGAUCAGAUAAAUGUGUAAUAUGAUACAUUUGCUUUAAACUAUUUUUAUUGUAAUAUCAGUUUAAUUAUUUUGAUGGUACCCUUUAGAAGGCUGUUGAUAAGUAACUACAUCUCAACUAGAAGUCAUUGGAGUAUGUCUGCUACUGUAAAUGUAUGCUAACGCUUUAUUUUGAUGCUCAACCAACAGAUAAACUGAAUAUAAGUGUCUUUGCAAGUACGUCAACUUAUUCCAUCAUACUAGAUUCUUCUUGAGCAUACUAAUACUCUAAUGAGAGUUAAUUGGUAUGUAGUUGCAAAGUUGCUUAUAGUUGAUUGAUUAAGGGGACCAUCAAAAUAAAAUGUAACCAUAUAAAAAAAAAAUUGCAUUUUUUUUUCAGUUGGAGUAUUAAGCUCACAUCAACUAAUUAACAUUAGCUCCACAGGAAACACUCAAAUAACACUCAACAUCUACCCACUCACAAACUGUAGUAAGAUACUGUGCAGAUCUUAAAUAAACAAUAUCAAGGUAUGAUACAGUCCAUUAUACUGUAAAUGAAAUAAAUUUAAUAUGGUGUUCGUUGUGUGUUAUAAAUAAUCAAACUCUUAAACUUAUGCAUUAUUCAUUCAUUAUAAUGCCUUAAGAAUACCCUUAUAAUGUAUUAUAAAUACGGGCUUCAUAGAAAGUGUUACCCAGUUCUCUAAGUGCUUUGCAUGAAAAUGCAGUCUUGGGUAUAAGUGACCCCUAAUUUUGAAUGGACAUUUAAUUUAUUACGAAAUUAAAUCUACUAUAAAAUACUUUUCAAGUAUUUCGACAGAUUAAUGAAAAAACAGCACAUGGAUUUUAGUUUCAGUGUCCACCCAGUGUAUUUUUUCGGACGGAUAUUUUCAUUUCAGUGCAUUUCUAAAUUCUUCUGAAGAAACACAUAAUGCAAAAGCACUGAUAGCACUUUAAGGUGAGUUUUGGAUCCAGUUUAAGCACAAUGGUAUUAUGGAUUAAAGCCCAUUUGUAAUAGAAUGUGACUCAUGAAUGAAGUUAUAUAUCAAUAACAUUGUGUUGCAUGUGUGUACAUUUCUUGUCUUAAUACAUGAGGUCAAUGGUAGACCCUUAAUUUCAAUCAAAAUACAUACUGUUUAAUAAAAUACUGACAAGGAUGUUUAUUUGCUCACAACAAUGACAAUUACUAUAUAACUAUUAAGUUUUAAUAAUAUUUCUAAUUCUAUGAGCAUAGGGAAGUUCACAUCACAGCUAUAACAACGAUAGAGAAAGUAGUGCACACUUACAAUAAACAAAGUUGGCACACGUUGACGUGAAAUAUAGUUGGCGAUAUUUGUAUUUUUUGGCGUGAAUGGGCUUUUAAGUUGCAAGACGAGUUAUGAAGCGUUCAGUUUUGUGGGAAUACGAAAUUAUAGCUUUUU